AUGGUGAUAGCAAUUGGAUUCAGUCCUUGUGAUUACAUAUAUGAUUCUUCAUUGGAUCAUGGAAACCUAAGAGUUGAAACAUUGUUACAAAAAUUAGAAGAGUUUGUGAUUAAAGAUGAAGAGCUUAAUAAGCAAGAAUCAGUUGAUAGAAUUGGAUCUACUUUGCUUUCAGGAUAUCUUUCAAUGGCACUGUGUUACAUACAAAGAGUAUUUCGUUCUGGAUCAAUUCAUCCACAAUCUCGGAUUUUGUGUUUACAUGGAUCACAAGAUGGACCUCGAGAAUAUGUUGCUAUUAUGAAUUCAAUUUUUUCUACUCAAAGAUCAAUGGUGCGUAUACAUUCAUGUGUUAUUGGGUCACAACAUUCUGCAUUCCUGCAACAGGCUUCUUAUAUAACUGGAGCUGUAUAUCUAACAGUAUGUAACAGUAUGUUGAAAUAUUCCACCCUGACAUUUCUUUAA